UACACAACGCCCCAUCUCAUUGCCACCUCGGCUGUUGUGGCAAGCGGGCAGCUUUAACCGGUCAUUUGUGGAUUUAUGUAAAAGUGUCAGGCUCAGGAGAGCGAAGGGACGUGAAUUUGGCAUACGUUCAGGCAUCGACCGGGCCCACCUAUACAGUCAUGAAGUCUUUCUACCUGCUUGCCACAUUGCUGUGGUGUUUAAUGACGAGUUUCUCCUGGGCAGCUAAGAUCGUGGUGGUUCCUCCUAUUAUGUUUGAGAGCCACUUGUAUAUUUUUAAGACCCUGGCUUCUGCUCUCCAUGCCGAUGGCCAUGAAACAGUCUUUCUAGUCUCUGAAGGUCGUGAGGUCUCACCAUCCAACCAUUAUCGUCUCCAGCGCUACCCUGGAAUCUUCAACAGCACCUCUGCUGAUGACUUUCUCCAAUCAAAAGUCCGCAACAUCUUCUCAGGUCGUCUUACGGCACUAGAGCUUUUUGACAUCUUGGACCACUAUUCUCAAAAUUGUGAUGCCGUUGUUGGGAGUGCUUCUGUCAUGGAACAGCUAAAACGUGAACAAUUUGACCUUCUACUUGUUGACCCCAAUGAGAUGUGUGGCUUUGUCAUAGCUCACAUCCUAGGUGUCCAGUACGCAGUGUUCAGCACAGGACUGUGGUACCCUGCGGAAGUUGGGGCACCUGCACCCCUGUCUUAUGUCCCUGAAUUUAACUCACUACUAACGGACCGUAUGCCAUUGUUGCAGCGGGUAACUAACACAGCAGUGUACCUCGUUUCCAGAUUUGGUGUACAGUUCCUGGUGCUACCUAAGUAUGAUCGCAUAAUGAGAAAGUACAACAUCCAGCCAUCAGUGUCCAUGCAUGAUCUGGUUCAGAACAGUCAACUCUGGAUGUUGUGUACUGACAUGGCUUUGGAGUUCCCAAGACCCACUCUCCCACAUGUUGUUUAUGUAGGGGGCAUCCUCACCAAACCCCCCAGCCCAUUGUCACAGGAGUUUGAAGCCUGGGUGAAGGACACAGAUGAACAUGGUUUCGUUGUGGUGUCGUUUGGUGCAGGAGUGAAGUAUCUGUCAGAUGACAUUGCUCAGAAACUUGCAGGAGCCUUGAGCCGUCUACCCCAGAGAGUCAUCUGGAGGUUCUCUGGAGUUCCUCCAUUCAAUCUUGGCAACAAUACUAAACUAGUGGAGUGGAUGCCACAGAAUGACCUGUUGGGUCAUAGAAACACACGGGCCUUCUUGAGCCACGGGGGCUUGAACAGUAUUUAUGAGGCCAUGUAUCACGGUGUGCCCGUGGUGGGUGUUCCACUGUUUGGAGAUCACUACGACACCAUGACGCGGGUUCAGGCCAAAGGGAUGGGAAUAAUGCUGGAGUGGAAAAGAAUGAGUGAGGAAGACCUUUAUACUGCCAUGGUUAAUGUCAUUACAGACAAAAGGUAUCGUGAGCAAGCACAGUUGUUGUCUCAGAUUCAUAAAGAUCAGCCUGGUCAUCCUGUAAAUCGAGCGGUUUACUGGAUUAGCUAUAUACUCCGUCACCAUGGCGCUAAACACCUCCGCUCUGCAGUCUACGAGAUCUCCACCUACCAGUACUUCUUAUUGGACGUUACUGUGGUGAUAGGAGUGUGCCUGGUUCUCAUCUGUUACUGCCUAUACCGAAUAGGCAAGUUCAUUCAAUCACGGCUGGGGCGUGGUUCAACUCCAGUGGAGAAAGUUAACGGGCACUGUCAUAAUGGAAUUCCAAAUGGAAAGCACAAAAGAAAUGGCCAAGUUAGAAGUAUGGAGAAGAAACUAAAGUGAAAAAACAAACAAACAACAACAACAACAACAACAACAGAACAGUAGGAUAAAUAAAAACUAACGCUUUACUAAAGAAAGUAACUAGUCUUUACUUAGAACAGGGCCUAUCCAGGAAAUAAACACAUGGGUCAGUAAACAAAGAAACAAACCAACUAGAAUAACCAGCUUCUGGAAAAGGGAAGCUAAAGAAAGGAACGAAAGCAGAAAACGUAUAUGGAAAACUCAUGAGGAUGUUUCUUUUCCUGUUGAAUGGAGUUAAUGCUCAUUCUUGGUCCUGAAUAUUGAGAUUAUCCUUGUGGAGAGAGCAUUAGUUUUGAAGUUUUGAAAUGACUGUGGGGCAUCAGGUUUUACUACACAUCCAAAUACAGAGAUUUACAUCUAUUUAUUUAUGCAACUAUAAUUAAUUUUUGGGAAAAUUACAUAAAUGUUUGGUGCGUAGAGCACUGUCUAAUGUUGUGCACUGAAUUUAAAUUGAUGUUCUAUAUUUAUGACUCACGCACUCCAUCCACACUUUGUUUUCGUUUUCAGCCAUAUUGAUUCGUCUGAGGCUAACAAUGCUAGCUGCAAAUUUGAUCAUUUUUAUGUUGCCAGCCUUGCUCUAAUCUUUGAAAUCUAGCACAUUUUGCUAACUUAAAACUGCAUUUCUUGUAGGCAAUAAAAUCACCACUAGCUGCUAGUUAGCUGUUAGCUGCUAAUGCUGCUAUAAAAUUCAAUGAGAAUAGCUGUGUUAAAGUAGAAAUCCUGCUUCCAUUUAUGAUUAAUGUGGGAUGCGGGUUGUUUGACUAACAUUCCUAGACUAUCCUUGCCACUUUUCCCCAUUAGUUUCUUUGUUUUGUUGUUCUCAGCUAACAUUAUCAACUGUAGUUUCUCUUUAGACGUUUUUCUUCACACUUGAGUCCUAUUUGUAUAGUUAAGCCAUUUUACCUGUAAUAUUGUUUUGCUUCACGGAUGUUUAGGUUUUGACGUUUGAAUCCUUUCUCAGUACAGUUCUCAAUUAAUUCUUUACUGUAUGGUUUCUUUUAUUAAGAGGAACUUUAAAUUUUUCUAAACAGUGGGAGGGGAUGCAUUCAUGUCUCAAAAUGUCCCAAACAGACUACAACUUUUUGUUAACCGACCUGGAGGCUAUAGACUAUUUGUCAAUUGAAUGCGUAUCAGAGGAGUGUUGAAAUCAAAGUAAAAGAACUGUUUGCUAACAUGCCGUACCACCUUCCCACAAAUCAAUAGGCCUGGUGUGACCUGGAGUAUUUUAGUACUGUAACUAACAUUACCCAUGGUGCUCUACUGGGUCUUUUAAAUAUGAUCCAUUUUCAUCAAAGGAAGUUCUGUGAAAGGCAGUAUGGUAACAUUUCACUCUAACAUUUGGUUGUUUAACUUUUCUUUUACAAAAAUGAAUGCCUCAGAUCAGGUGCUUUGAUAGACUAUGGCAAUAGACAGAACCUCUGCCAAGUUUUUGUGCAUUAAAGUGCAUUCUCGCCCAGAGGUUUUAUUUAAAACAUUGCCAUUGGGCAAUCUGAUUAUAAAAUCACAUGCUGGUUUUACAGCUGAAUGUUGGACUGCAGUGUUACCAAUAACAGUCUCAGAUUGGAAGUGUAUGAUUGUUUUAAAUGCACCAAAACAUUUGAAACUGACACUUGAUUAAUGGAAAUUGGUUUUUAUCAAAUUUGAUCACCACUUGGUACCUUCCAGUGAAAUUCUUAAGUCUGACAACAUGUUAUGAAAGGAUUUUAAUGUCUUAUAAAAGGAUUAUAAGAAUAUGAACUUGUGUAAAAUUCUGUAGAAGAAUAGAUAGCUGUUGUAGAUGAAGGCCUAUCACACUUGGGCAAUGUGAUUUUAGUAUGCUGGGUUCUAACUCUUUGUGUUUAACAGUUACAGUACACUGUUAAGGAUAUGAUAUCAGCACCUGUGUCAACACUUUGUAACAAACAGUGGGGUCCAAAAAACUGUAUUUUACAUUUGUCUAAUUUAAUAUUUACAUUAUCAGAUGAAAAGUUUAAUUUAAUUAACUUGAAUUUCAGAAUGUCUUAGUAUUUGGUAUGUCCCCUUUUGCUUUAAUGACACCAUGCACAAGUGCUGGCAUGGACUCCACAGGUUUAUGGAAAACUUAAUGAUCCAUGUUAUCCCAGCAUGAUUUGAAAAUGUUCCAAUGAGCAUCUUGUGAUGUUAUUGAAUGCUUGGGUUUGUUGACUUUACAAUACAAUACAAAGGAGGAGUUAACAUGGUCAGUAUCACAAUUGUGUAUACAUCUUACUAGUGACCUCUUUACAUAAUACUUAAGGCCUAUAUAUUUCAAAAUUCUAAAACUUUUAUUUUCAUGUUCAAGUUAAAUUUUAAAUCCUCUAAUUUUAAUGCGGACUCUUGGACUGUCAAUGUGGAGAAUUUGGACCCCACUUUUUUUUGAGCCAGUAGGAAUUUUUGUUGCAUUUUAAAGAGAUUGUACUGUAGAUGUUAUCAGUUCUUGUAAAGUGUGUUAUAAUACAUCACAACUGCACUAUCAAGUUUUACCACUAUUCAUAAACUUUUUUUUGUCCGUCAGAGUCAGAUCCCAGAUACCAAACAGUCAAUGGCACAGAAAAGUACCAAUACCACGAAUCAAAACCAUAACAAGCUAAAGGAAGAUUCACUGAAUGCAUAAUGAUAUGAAACUCUUUUUACUACGAGGUUUAAUGCAUUUGUACAGCCAAGCACUGUUGAAGACUGUCCAUACUUGAAAAUACACCUGGCUGCAAAUGCAUCAAAGCUAUGACUGGUGAAACAGUGACAUACGCUCACACACUUUAAAGAUUCGAAUUGUUUUUAUGUUGUUUAUUUUGUAUGAUUUUUCAGUAUUAAUAUUAGAUGGUUAACAACAGAGAAACAAAUGGGCUCUAACAUUAAAGACUGCAUGUGUGUGUGUGUGUGUGUGUGUGUGUGUGUGUGUGUGUGUGGUUUUAAGUGAUUGUAAGCAAGUGAUUUCCUACAGUAUGUGGAUGUGGAUGUGUGUUAGUUUGAAUGGGGUUGCUUGAGCGUGUUUGUGUCUAGCUUUCACUUUAUAUACUUAUCAUUUAAUCCAAUGCUAGUUCACCAACAUCAGUUCCUUUCAACGCCUCUCAUUGUCUUUUUCUUGAUCAAUUCCUUGUUUCUUGUAGACGUAAUUGUUAAUGCAGGAAUUUAGUUUUUUUCUAGUUUUUUUUUUAUUUUUUAUUUCAUAAUGAUUUUAAAGUGUCUUUCAUGUGUGUCUGUGUUGUCAUGUAUACAUAAAAAGACAAACAAAAAUAGUAAUGUUAAAUAAACAUUAAAUAUUUUGUUUGCUAAUGCCUACUUUCUGACGAUUCUUCCUUGAUUGUCAUGUAAGUUAACCUGAACACCAAAGGAACUUCAGUGAGCCUAGUCUGAAAGUUCCACUACCCUGAAGUGGUUUGUCUCGUUGUUUUUUUUUCCAUGACCUCAUUGAUGGUCAUGAUGGCAACCCUCGUUCUGAGUAAUUCUUGUACAUGUUGCUACCAAAUUGCCAGACUUCGGUCACUCACUGCUAAACUGAGAUAAAUCAUGGGGAGCCUUGAAAACCUGGCAUUGCUAAAUGAUCCGUCUUUUUGUAGUGCUGUGUGUGUGUAUGCCUGGCAAUGUUAAUCUCAUUCAGCUGCAGUUAUGUUAGAAUGCUAAAACCGUAUGCCUUUUUUUCACAUAUUUUGAAUGUUACUGUCUGUGUCGCCUGCUGUUUCAA